CCGCCCCUGAUUUCCUCCGCGCGGCGGCGGCGGCGGCGGAGGCGCCUCGUGCGCGCGGUUAUUUAUUUAUUUCCGGGCCCAGAGCGCUUAUAAUGGAGCCGCUGUCAGCAGAAGCCUCUGCUGCCGCCGCCGCCGCCGCUGCUGUCCCUGUCCCUCCUCUCUUUCUCCCCGGCAGAUCUUUGUUGUGUGGGAGGGCAGCGGGGAUGGACUUGAGCUCGCGGCUCUCCUGCUAGAGCAGCAGCGCUUGGAGAGGACGCCGCCGCCGCCGCCGCGAGCAGCCGCCGCCCCAGGCCCCGCCGGCCGCGGCCUCCGUCCCCGCGCUGCGCUCCGCGCGCCUCCCAGCACAGUGCCCUCGCGGCGGCAGAUGAGUGUGGGGUCAGCCCACGGCGGGGACUAUGGUGAAAUUCCCGGCGCUCACGCACUACUGGCCCCUGAUCCGGUUCCUGGUGCCCCUCGGCAUCACCAACAUAGCCAUCGACUUCGGGGAGCAGGCCUUGAACCGGGGCAUCGCUGCAGUCAAGGAGGAUGCAGUAGAGAUGCUGGCCAGCUACGGGCUGGCGUAUUCUUUGAUGAAGUUCUUCACAGGGCCCAUGAGUGACUUCAAAAAUGUGGGUCUGGUGUUUGUGAACAGCAAGAGAGACAGGGCCAAAGCCGUCCUCUGCAUGGUGGUGGCCGGUGCCAUCGCCGCCAUCUUCCACACCCUGAUAGCCUACAGUGACUUAGGGUACUACAUCAUCAACAAGCUGCAUCAUGUGGAUGAGUCUGUGGGGAGCAAAACACGAAGGGCCUUCCUGUAUCUCGCUGCCUUCCCUUUUAUGGAUGCCAUGGCGUGGACUCAUGCUGGCAUUCUCUUAAAACACAAAUACAGUUUCCUGGUGGGAUGUGCCUCAAUCUCAGAUGUCAUAGCUCAGGUUGUUUUCGUAGCCAUUUUGCUUCACAGUCACCUGGAAUGCCGAGAACCGCUGCUCAUCCCCAUCCUGUCUCUGUACAUGGGUGCGCUUGUGCGCUGCACCACACUGUGCCUGGGCUACUACAGGAACAUCCACGACAUUAUCCCCGACAGGAGCGGCCCAGAGCUGGGGGGUGAUGCAACCAUAAGAAAGAUGCUGAGCUUCUGGUGGCCCCUGGCUCUGAUCCUGGCCACGCAGCGAAUCAGUCGGCCCAUUGUCAAUCUCUUCGUGUCCCGGGACCUUGGUGGCAGCUCUGCUGCUACAGAGGCAGUGGCCAUUCUGACAGCCACCUACCCCGUGGGUCAUAUGCCAUAUGGCUGGUUGACAGAAAUCCGUGCUGUCUACCCUGCUUUUGACAAGAAUAACCCCAGCAAUAAACUGGCGAACACAAGCAACACGGUCACCUCGGCCCACAUCAAGAAGUUCACCUUUGUCUGCAUGGCGCUGUCGCUGACGCUCUGUUUUGUCAUGUUCUGGACCCCCAACGUCUCUGAGAAGAUUCUGAUAGACAUCAUUGGAGUGGACUUUGCCUUUGCAGAACUGUGUGUCAUUCCUCUGCGUAUCUUCUCCUUCUUCCCAGUGCCAGUGACUGUGAGAGCUCAUCUCACUGGAUGGCUGAUGACACUGAAGAAAACCUUUGUGCUGGCGCCCAGCUCCGUGCUGCGCAUCAUCGUCCUCAUCACCAGCCUUGUGGUCCUGCCGUACCUGGGGGUGCAUGGAGCCACACUAGGUGUGGGCUCCCUUCUAGCAGGGUUUGUGGGAGAAUCUACCAUGGUUGCCCUUGCAGCAUGCUAUGUCUAUCGAAAACAGAAAAAGAAGAUGGAGAAUGAGUCAGCCACCGAGGGGGAAGACUCGGCCAUGACCGACAUGCCUCCAACAGAGGAGGUGACAGACAUCGUAGAGAUGAGAGAAGAAAAUGAGUAAGCACAGGCUGCUGGGGGCCACCACAGGGACAGUCAGGACAACAACGGUCGUCUCUUUCCUCCUCCUCCCCCCAUCAAGUUGUUUUCUGUUGUUUAAUUUUUAUUCUUGGUUAUGAAAGAGGCCUUGCUUUAGAGGUUUCGUAUAAAUUCUCUAGCAUACUGGGUAUGCUCACCGAUGCAGGGACCUGAAGAAAGGUCUUUACUGUGGCUUUGUAACUCAGAAUCGCUGACUUCAUGCCCCUGCUUCAUAAGACCCAAAAGAUAGAGCUGCCUCUUGGUCAACGUUUCUACUCCCUUGGACAAUCUCCACUUUGGAACCAAAGGACUUGGGCCAGACUUUUUCUGUUCAUGUUUGCCUCCUAAGAUUCAACAGGUUGAAGCUCGGCCUCUCUUGACUUGCUCCCCAAUACUGUGGCUCUGGAGUCAGGAACUAUCUGCCGCACAUACUGGUGGGCCCCAGGCUGCAGCCCACAGUCUCCCUGUUCCCAGAGGAAGGGCUGCUGGCCCUGCUGGGCCAACGUAGUGGGAAUUUAAUCUCCUGUAGAAAUUGGGUCAGCCACAAACUGACUUGAUCGUCAGCAUCCCAUUGUUUUCCUGGUUUCACUGAGUUGCUGCAUCCCACAGUGUAUAUACAUGAGCUGACCCGCAAGUGCAGCUCCAGUGUCGGCACCCUCCGCAUGAGUUUCCCUGAAGGCUUGCGUUUACUCGCCUUCCCUGAAGAUGGCACUAGAGCGAGAAGUGAAGCGUUCUAACUGUCCAUUUCUCUAACUGUCCAUUUCGUUUUCACAGUGAGAAAGCUUUAAGUAGUAAUCUAGCAUUCUAAUGCCAGGGUCUUGUCUCGUAACUUCUGAUGUAGAUGUGCUGCCUAUUUCUGCAGGACAGGUAACCGAGUAUACUAUGGUACUCCCCUCCACACCAUAAAGCAAGACAUUUUAUAAACAGUAUCAAGGUCACUAUGUGAUACCCCGGAAAUAAUGCAUUGGAAAUCCACUUAGUGCAGUAUAUUUUUCUAAGUUUUGGAAAGCGGGUUUUUUCCUUUAAAAAAAAAAUUAUGGACACAGUUCACUAAAUUCCUGAUUUAGUCAAAGUAACUAGACUGAAAGAACCUAAACAAAACAAAUAUUUUAAAGAUAUAAAUAUAUGCUGUAUAUGUUAUGUAAUUUAUUUUAGGCUAUAAUACAUUUCCUAUUUUCGCAUUUUCAAUAAAAUGUCUCUAAUACAAUUCAGUGAUUGCCUCCGUGCUCCACAUACCUACAGCUUACUCGGGUUGUACCAGUGACCGCUGUAUGUUACAGCCUUCUACACGUCCCUUGUGUAUGAAUGUAAGGGCCUACAGAUCCAAGAAAACAAGUUUUCAUGAUGGGCAACCUCGGGAGGAAAUGGAUCCACUACUGUAGACAGGCAAAGGUGGGAAGGGCAGAGGGAAAAAGGGCGGAAGGCGGGCCUCUUGUGCUUAUUAUUUUGGUGUUGUGUAACCUCAUGUUAAGACUGUCAGGGCUACACAGGCUCGCAUUUCCAUUUCUAGAUACCCAGUGUCCCUCAUAUGUGCCCACCAUGGGAACAAAUCCUAUGUGCUUCCGUAGCUGCUUGUGGGUGACGUCAGGGGCAGAUCUGAAAGAUAACUGAAAGUCUUAAUUGUAUUGGCUUUUUAAAAGUACAUGACUAGAAAAUUAAACAGCAAUAUUUUUUAAAA